UCGAUUGGGGCAUGUUAAUUUUAAGACUCAGAAAUACAUGUCUAGAAAUGGUUUAGUAGUUUGUGGUGAUGAUAUUGGAGAUAAAUGUGAAAUCUGUGUGCAAGCUAAGAUGAAGAGAAAGCCAUUUCCUAAGUUGGUUGACAGAAAAUCAGAAUUGUUAGAAUUAGUACAUUCUGAUAUCUGUGAAUUUCAUGGUCAAUUAACUAGAGGAGGAUGUAGGUACUUCAUUACUUUCAUUGAUGAUAGUACUCGAUUUACCUAUGACUAUUUAAUGCGAACCAAGGAUGAAGCCUUUGAUAAGUUUAAGUUGUAUAAAUCUGUUGUUGAAACUCAAAAGAGUAGGAAAAUACAGAUCCUUCGAAGUGACAGAGGUGGAGAGUAUUUUCCAAAUAACUUUAACGAGUUUUGUGAGCAACGCGGUAUAAUACAUCAAAGGACUGCUCCUUACACCCCACAACAUAUGGAGUAGCAGAAAGAAAAAAUGGAGUUCUUUCUGACAUGAUUAAUGCUAUGUUGAUGAAUGCUAGUGCUCCAAACAAUUUGUGGGGUGAGGCUUUGCUAACAGCCUGCCAUGUACACAAUAGGAUUCCGUCUAAGAAGCUAAGGGAAUCUCCCUAUGAGUUGUGGAAGGGAAGGAAACCAAACUUGAGUUAUCUUAGAGUUUGGGGCUGUCUUGCUUUCUACAGAGUCUCAGAUCCUAAGAGAACUAAGUUAGGACCACGAGCUUUGAAAGGUGUUUUUCUUGGAUAUGCAGAAAACUCAAAAGCCUAUAGGGUUCUAGAUUUAGAAUCUAAUGUGGUUGUGGAAUCGAGAGAUGUUGAGUUCUUUGAAAACAAGUUUCGACGUGAUUCUGCAAAUGUAGAACCAUGUCGAGUUACUUCUGUAGAUUCCUCAAAUGAGUCUAUCUCUGCUCCCGCUUUUGACAUUGGUUCUAGUAGCAAAAGUCCUUUAGAUGACCCUGUUGCUAAUGAACCACGAAGAAGUCAAAGGGCUCGAAAGGAAAAGAGUUUUGGUCCAGAAUGUAUUGAUCCUCAAGAAAUAGUCUUUCUUGUAGAGGGAGAUAGGUUAAAUAAGGUUACAGGAAAGAUACCCAUUUUGUUCCAUGUGCAAGACGAUCCCAAAACCUAUCAAGAAGCAAUGGCUUCUAGAGAUUCUGCCUUUUGGAAUGAGGUUGUUAAUGAUGAGAUGGAUUCGUUAUUAAUAAAUAAGACUUGGGUUCUUGUGGACCUGCCUCCUGGAUCUAAGGCUAUUGGAUGCAAAUGGGUAUUUCGCAUUAAGUAUAACACAGAUGGAUCAAUACAUACCUUCAAAGCUAGACUGGUUGCAAAAGGGUUUAGGCAAAAGGAAGGAGUAGAUUGCUUCGACACCUAUGCACCAGUUGCAAGAAUCACUUUCAUAAGAGUGCUUUUAGCCUUGGCUUCUAUUUACAAUUUACAUGUACACCAAAUGGAUGUAAAGACGGCAUUCUUAAAUGGUGAGUUAGAUGAAGAAGUGUAUAUGGAGCAACCAGAAGGGUUCGUGUUGCCUGGAAAUGAAGGAAAGGUGUGUAAAUUGCAAAAGUCAUUGUAUGGACUUAAGCAAGCACCUAAACAAUGGCAUGAGAAAUUUGAUUCUGUUGUUUUGGCUCAUGGAUUUUCUCAUAACUCUGCUGAUAAGUGCAUUUAUUCAAAGUGCACAAAAGAGUAUAUGGUCAUUAUAUGCCUUUAUGUUGAUGAUAUGUUGAUAAUAGGAACUAACAUGAAAGGCAUAAAUGAGACCAAAGAGUAUCUAACUUCCUGCUUCCAAAUGAAAGAUCUUGGAGAAGUAGAUACUAUAUUGGGCAUCGAAGUAAAGAAACAUAGUGGGGGUUUUGCUUUGAGUCAGUCACAUUAUGUCGAGAAGAUGCUCAAGAAAUUCGAGAAUUUGGAUAUAAAGGAGGCUAACACCCCUUAUGAUGCAUCUUUUAAGCUUUGUGCGAAUGAGGGAAGGGAAGUGGCACAAGUUUAGUAUUCUAGUGCUAUUGGAAGUUUGAUGUAUGCAAUGGGAUGUACUAGGCCCGAUAUUGCAUUUGCGGUGGGCAAACUUUCUAGAUUCACAAGUAAUCCUAGUGCCGAUCAUUGGAGAGUUAUAGGAAGAGUCUUUGGUUAUUUGAAAAGAACCAAGGAUUUGGGACUCUUCUAUAGCAACUUCCCCGUUGUACUAGAAGCAUUUUCAGAUGCUAGUUGGAUCAUGAGCGCUAGUGAUAAUAAAUCCACAACAGGAUGGAUUUUUACACUAGGUGGUAAAGCUGUUUCUUGGGCUUCGAAGAAACAAACAUGUAUUUCACACUCCACUAUGGAACCCGAAUUCCUAGCCCUUGCGGCGGCUGGAAAAGAAGCAGAAUGGCUAAGAAACAUGUUGUUAGAUAUAGAGUUGUGGCCACAACCGAUGCCAGCCAUUUCUCUCUUCUGUGAUAGUGAGGCUACUUUGUCUAGAGCUUAUAACAAGAUUUACAAUGGUAAGUCUAGACACAUUAGCCUAAGACAUGACUACGUUAGGUAUUUGAUUACUAACGGAAUCAUUUCUAUUGUGUAUGUAAGGUCGUGCAACAAUUUGGCAGAUCCUCUUACAAAGGGGUUGCCAAGAGGCAUGAUCUAUUAGACAUCCCAAGGGAUGGGAUUGAGACCUUUUGUAUAGUUAGAAGUAAUGGAAACCCAACCUUAAGGUUCAAUGUGGUAAUAACAAGUUACUCUAACUGGGAACUAUUUUAUUGUACAAGUAAAUUAGUUGUAAGAAGGGUGAGUUAUAGAACUCUUAAUGACGUUCAUUUGGAAUGUCACCUAUGUGAGCAUUUGGAGUGGUGCCGCUCUAACGAAAGUAAAUGUCAACUUUUGUAUAUGCUCAUGAAACAGGAUAAGCACAUGGCCAUAAUAGUGCUACCCUUGUUGGUGGUUGUGUUUUAGAGAAGAGACGAGUACGUGUGUGGUGUCUCCGGUUCUAGCUUUGGAUCUUGACUCCUAGGUUUAAGUCCGUCAUUGAUUCGCUAUGAACUUUGAGAUGCUUACACUAAGUAAAGGUUCAAAUCGAAAAGAUACCUUUAUGUAUGCGUUACUUGUUCGAGGCAGGUAUUCUCGACUCUUAUUGACUAAGUGGGGGAAUGUUAAAGUAGUCAAAGAGUAAAGGAAAUACCACAUUGGUGGGAGAAGGAAAGUGCAAGUUGUUUUUAAGUUUGCUUUCCACUUUAGUUAUUGGAUAAAGUGGUUAGUGGGCUUUUGGAAAAAGUGUGGGCUAUUUAAUUUGACAUAUUAAACCGCACUACGCACUUAGCACGUUUGCGCGACGCGUUCGGAUUUGAAUUUUUGGCUAAUUAAUUACCGAAAUUAUUUUAAUUAAUUAAUCCGAAUAAUUAUUUGAUUUUGAA